GCAGGGCCCCAUAUUUAUUAAUCCGUGAAAUUACAGCCAUAAUGUGAGAUUAUGCGCCGCUGUCGCCCGACCCAUCGCUGAGGCUCGUCCUGUCAGGAGCAGCAGCUCGCUGUUGAGGAUUACUAGAGAUAAUACGCAGUAGACUUCUCCGGUGUGCGUUUAGCUGUCAAACUGAUAGCAAUGUGUCAGGAAGAAUAGUUAGAGCGCGUUUGUUGAUAUUUAUUCACUUUGCUGUGCGCGUCUUUUCUCCCCGUCUUGUGGAUUAUCGCUGCCCAGCAACACAGCCACCUGACAACUCUGAAUGUCGUAAUUAAGGUGAAUCAAUGAGCCAGCAAUGGAGACCAAAGGAUACCAAAGUUUCUUUGAAGGAGACAACACAGAGAAUAAAUGGUCUCAAGCCCCCAGCACGAUGGAGUACUCCUGCAGCACGGAGGAUUCCAGUCUGACUAGCAGUGACAUCCUGAUGGACGUAGUCAAUGUCAACUGCUCUGCUGGAAGCCAGGCAGCCGACAGCAAAGACAAUAAUACUAAGAAGCAGGAGCAGCCAACAGUUCAACUCAGCCAGAAUCAGCCAUUUGUUCUCCCACACUUCAGCAACACCCUGCAUGGUCUUAAACAGGAAAUGGACUCCAAAGAGCUUUCCAAGACUGUGGCUGAGUCUAUGGGCCUUUAUAUGAACGCUGCCAGAGAGGCAGACUUUGCUUUUAACCAUCACGGAGGCAGCACAAGCCCAGGGAAACCUUAUCCAGUGUGUGGGCGCUUGCUGGAGGAGAACCAGUGUGGCUCCAAAAAGAGCCCUAAGUUGAAGCCAUUUGGUUUUCAACAGCCAGGUGCCACUCCCAGGGAAUGUACCACUGGGACUUCAGUUAGCUCAGCAUCUAUGCUCGCGUCCUCCCUGUCCUGCAGCCCUCAGACCUCCAGCUGCAUAUCAAGCCCUGGAGGCAGUAACAACAUGGUGUCAUCUACAACCAGCCCUACAUGCUUUGGACCACUAUGCUCAUCUGUAAGCAGCCCUGGAAGCCAGACUUUGUGUGCGGCAACGCUAGUAAACAUCAAAUGCAGGAAUUCAGUCACAUGUAGCCCUGUAGAGUCCAGCACAGUUGGUUCACCCCCACUGACCAGUCCUCUUAAUGUCAUGAGGUCCCCCAUGUCCAGCCCACAGAGUAUGAGUAGUGUGAGAUCCCCUCCGUCCUGCAGCACUACAUGUAACAUUAGGUCAUCUGUUUCCAGCCCCACAGGUGGCAGCUGUACUGCUGCUAGUAAUAACAGUAACACAGCAAGACUGUCCAUCUCCAGUCCCGCCUCAGGGGGCCCAAUGGCUGCCAGCAGCCCUCAGCACCCCUCAUCUGUUGGGUUUCCUGUGUCUAGUCCUGUAGGUGGGCUAGGUUUGGUUCAGAACGACACCAACAGUCCAGAAGCGGAAGGGAUGACCAGAGACACAGAUUUCAAGAACUUUGAGUUCCCUAAAGUAGAAAUGAUGGAUGGGGAGGUGUUCAGUGUUGGGUUGGACCAGAUGGGCAUGGUUAAGUAUAUUAAGAAUGAACCUGAAAGUGACUUCAGGAGCAUGUGUUUAGGGAGAUCCAAAUGUAAUGUGAGUAGCACACCUUUGAUCACACAGAUUAAGAGUGAGCCAAACAAAAACGAGGGUUGCAUGAACCAGUCGUCCUUUGGUGAACCGUCACCUUCUCUCGGUGUCUUCCCUGCAUCGGAGACCACUUAUUUGUCCCUGAGGAACAACGUUGAUGAGUACAGUCUCUCUGGGAUCUUAGGGCCCCCAGUUUCUUCUGUGAAUCGGAACUAUGAGACAGACUUGUUCUCCAACAAUGUACUGUCUAAAGGGGUUAAGCAGGAGUCCACUGAUGGCAGCUAUUACCAAGCGAAUAACAGCAUGUCCGCAUCCGCCAUUGUUGGAGUUAAUUCUGGAGGACACUCAUUCCAUUACCAGAUUGGAGCGCAAGGAACAAUGUCAUUCACACGGCAUGACAUGAGAGACCCGUCCAACCCUUUGUUGAAUCUAAUUUCUCCUGUAACAGCGUUAAUGGAGUCGUGGAAAUCUCGGCCAGGGAUGUCACAGGGGUCGCUCUCAGCCAGGAAUGAGGGCUUCUUGGGCCAGAACUGCAUCGCUGACAGCAUGUCAAGCUCAGCGCUCAGACAACCUUCCUCAACGGCCAAAGUGUGCCUGGUCUGUGGAGACGAAGCAUCCGGGUGUCACUACGGUGUGGUGACGUGUGGAAGCUGCAAAGUCUUCUUCAAAAGAGCUGUGGAAGGUCAGCACAACUACCUGUGCGCAGGGAGAAAUGACUGCAUCAUUGAUAAGAUCCGAAGGAAAAACUGCCCAGCCUGUCGCGUACGGAAGUGUCUUCAGGCUGGGAUGAACCUUGGAGCACGGAAGUCUAAGAAGUUAAAACUGAAAGGAGUUAACGAGGACCUGCAGAGCUCCAAAGAUGGCCAGAUUGCCACAGGUGGUGUUGGAGGCGGCUACCUGUCCUCGGAGAAGGAGCUGAAUGCCAGCGCUGCCAAUGCCCUGGUGCCCCACGGGCCUGGGGUGGUCACACCUUUUCUGUCACCCUCCAUCUGCAGCGUGUUGGAGCUGAUUGAGCCCGAGGAGGUGUACUCUGGCUAUGACAAUGCACAGCCGGACACAACUGACCACCUGCUGUCCAGUCUCAACCGCCUGGCUGGAAAGCAGAUGGUACGCAUGGUGAAGUGGGCCAAAGUACUUCCAGGUUUCCGGGGCCUGCCCAUUGAGGACCAAAUCACCCUGAUCCAGUACUCCUGGAUGUGUCUGUCCUCCUUCUGCCUCAGUUGGCGCUCCUACAAACACACCAAUGGUCAGAUGCUCUACUUUGCACCAGAUCUCAUCUUUAACGAGGAGCGCAUGCGGCAGUCGGCCAUGUAUGACUUGUGUCUGGGCAUGAGGCAAGUAAGCCAGGAGUUUGUUCGAUUGCAGCUAACCUAUGAUGAGUUCCUCUCAAUGAAGGUGCUUCUUCUUCUCAGCACAGUUCCCAAAGAGGGUCUGAAGAAUCAGGCUGCAUUUGAGGAGAUGAGGGUUAAUUACAUCAAGGAGCUCCGGCGUUCUGUGGGAAAGGCGACCAACAACUCCGGCCAAACCUGGCAGCGCUUCUUCCAGCUCACCAAGCUGCUGGAUGCCAUGCAUGAUCUCGUUGGGAACUUGCUGGACUUCUGCUUCUACACCUUUCGUGAGUCGCAGGCCCUGAAGGUGGAGUUCCCCGAAAUGUUGGUUGAGAUCAUCAGUGACCAGAUACCAAUGGUGGAGUCAGGCCUUACUCACACUAUCUACUUCCACAAGAAGUGACUCGCUACAAAGCCAGGACAGAAGUGGCAUUAAGAACCGAGAUAGAAAGAGGAAAAUGAGGUUCAGGGAAGGGAAAGUACACAAGAAACGCCAGACCUGUGGGCCCUUCACCCUGUCGCCUUCUAUGACAGCGUCCUCGCCUCGGAUCACAGUCAAGCAGAGUGGUGAAGAGAAGGAUUUGACCCUGAAGUCAUCAUAAGCAUUUCAGAGCUGUGAAUAGUUUGAGACAUCAAGCACGACACAAGAAGACUGGACUUCUGACAAACGUGGCAAAACCAUCCUGAUGUACAGCCAUGCAACCCUGCCCCAAAGAUGAAAACAGUAUUCUGUGGAGAUAAAGCCAUACGUCACUUAAAAUACAUUAACACAAGAGUAGAUGGAAAAUUAAUACACUUACAAGCCUUCCCAUAAACGCACUCCACAUGCACUAUAAAGAGAUUACUUUACAAAUCCAGUGAAAAGUUGUUUUUUUAAAUGCAAAUAUUAAAUCCAGCUUAUGCAGUCUUUAAAAGAUUUAUCACACUUGGAAAUAUCCUGCUUAUACUAGUAAAUUAGCUCUGCGUGUAGCAGCAAAGGACUUCAUGUGGAGGCACUGCACUACAGCAGGUCUCUAUGAAGAUAAUCCAAGGGCUAUACAGGUAUCAUCAUAAGCUAAAUAAUCACAUCAAAUCUAAUAAUCCAAGUUUGAUUCGUAAGUCGGCUUUAUGACAGCCAUUAUUGACAUUGACACACUCAGUUUCUAAGUUUAAAUAUGUGUAGUGGAACAAUCAAGACUAUUAUGCAAAAGUCUAAAGCCUGAGCUGUUUUGAAAUGAAUAUAUCCCGGAAGAAAGCUGAAGCCCCCGUGACUAUUGUAGAGAUGUUGUGUUGUGAAAUUAACACAAUAUUGAUGCAAGACUUUACCUUUUCUGCAAAAAAAAAAUUAAAUAAAAAUUGUUGCAGGAUAAGAAAAUGCAUUUACAGAAACAAUUUCAGUAAGAGUUGGCUGAUAAUGGAUUUGACUGAGGUGCAUCUAUAGUAAUAGCUGGCGUUUGUGUUAUCUCCAGAGCAGCUGUCCAAAUGUCUGUUUUUACCCGCGAUGAAGCUAAACCAGCCCUUUGUGCUCCAACACUUAUCUACUCUUCCCAGAAACAAUAAAAAACGUUUUAUAGAAGGGGUCGUUUUUUGACAAGCCAGUCAUUUUACAUUAAGGUGCUUCAUUUCUACAAAGCUAGGCGAGACAUAACAUGUACAGUAACAAGUAGACAGCCCAUACACUACAGUAUAUAUGGACACAAAGUUUAAACACAAAUACUCUGUAAAGUUUAUAGUAUCCAACAUGGCGCAUUAUUCUGCUUACAGCUAACACAUCAGUACCAGGCAAAUUUGUACAGGUAUUAACUUCUUAUACACCAUUCUCCUCAGCUGAUGUACAGAAGAUGUUUUAAGGUACGAGUUGAUGAAGAACAGAUUAUUCUGCUCAAAUGGUCAGUUUUUCCAAUGUAGAUUUUUUUUCCUCCUAUACUUUGGCCUCGUUGUAUUACUUUAACUGCGGUCAUCUGGACCAUUUAAUAGUCUCACACCCCAGUGGUUUCUGGAUGGUUGUGAAAAACUAUGAUGAUGCUACUGAAGAGCGACAGAGUCGCAGGAGAAGAUAACAAGCAUGAUUAUCAUCCAGUUAUUGUGCCCUGUAAGUGUGUAUUUACAUGUGUGUAUGAAGUUUGUGUGCAGUUUCUUUUUCUCUUGGCAAGCAUGUGACUAGUUUAUCUGCUCUUUCAGUGUGGGUUAUUAUGCACACAUCAGAUUUAGCCAUAUCCUAUUUCCACAUGUAGAUUUGCACAGAGAAGGGACAAUGUGAAAUGAGGCAUUAGUGCAGCUAACAGGGAUUGUUUGUUCCUUUAAGCAACUGUGAUAACAGAGGGAAGAAUUUCUGCAUGGUCACCCAGCCUAAAGUUAGACAAUAUGGCAUUAGCAACAUAGUAUGGUGCUGGUGUGCUGCAUUAUAGCCUUGAGCUGACAUACCAGCACCUCUCAAAGCCGCCCAAAGCAAACUAAGCUACCCCUGCGCCAAGGUGCUUGACUUACUAGGGAUGCACCGAUCAUCAGCUGAUUUUCAGCUUGACCAACCAUGGUCUGUGUCUGACUGGUCAGAAAAUGAAACAUCCAAUCAUUUUCAGGUCAACGAAUGUACUAUGCCCAAGCCCUACUAGGUAGCGCUAACUACAACACUCUUCAGUGUGGAAGUUUGUACUGUGGGAAGAAAAUUCAACCUCUGCAGUUUGUUGUUGUCCAAAGAAGCACAAACGGCACAAGAUGCUUUUUAAAAUGAAAUUGUAUUUUUUCCUGGAGGCAUUUUGGGUGUUCAUUUUGGCUGCUACUUACAGUUAAGCCCAGACUUAUUCAAAAACAUGGCAAAUUUAGAUUUACACCUAUUAGAUGUUUCUUUCUGAUACCAAAUUAGACAGGUAUCUCUCAAAAGAUAAUACACAAUGUAAAAGGAGUAUAUAUUUUGAUAAGAGUUAUCUUUUUCUCCUUUGGUGAUGAGCUCAAUGUCUUUGAGUCAACUUGGAAGUCAACUUUGCCAUCACCCUAAUCUUUAGCUCCUCCUUAGAAGUCUCCAUCAGAUUGAAAUUGAGACUCUGCCUGGGCCACUCCAAAACAUUUCCAUGUUUUUUCUAGAACAAAAAAAAUGUUGAUAAAAUUAAAAUGGAUCAUUUUAAAACUAAGAAUGUGAGGAAGGCUUUAUUCUAAGAGAGAUUUCAGCAGAUAACAAGAAGGCUAAUCAUAUUGUAGCCAAAUUGCUCUUACUUGUGCUUUUGAGCUUUCAGCCUCUGCCUGUCAUGGAACAUACUGGAUUUUGGAAAUGUUGGAACACCUUUGAAAGAAUCUGCAUUUUAGGGAAUCCAUAUGGAGGCUGCUGUUUUAAUGAUGUUAACAACACUAAUUGUGCUAAACAUAAACAGAAGAUGCAAACUUACUAAUCCUUUUAUCCAUGUUUUACUGUAUUAGCAAGACUGUUUUAAAACAACUCCUCUCUCAAACAUGUUGUGGUGGUUCCCUUUUCUCCUAAUAUAAGUAUUCAAUGACCUCUCGUGACAAGAUUGUUUGGAUAUUGGCCUGAAAACUCUGAUCGGUGCAUCUCUACUAAUUAAAUGAUAUUCAGGAACUUGAAUUUAUUAAACAAUUUAGGAUCUAGAUUAGGUUGUAAUCAUACUAAGCAAAAACAUCUAGAAUUUGAUAGUUUUGCUACUGAUGAUUGAAUGUCACCAUAGUUCAGUCAUUUCCUCUGCUUGUGUCUGUGUGGGAAUCACAUUUCAUGCACACUGUAACUGUAAACUAAUAAACAAUGAAUAACUAAUAAUCCGCCUUCACUGGAAUGCUGCGUUUUGGCAGCUGCCCGACCACAUGAACAAGUCAGACAAAUAGAACUGUGGCCCCUACAUCAAAUCAUGCUUCUGGCGCCAUAUUGUCUUAAGUCGGUUCUGGAGCUGCUACACCAGACGUUUAAGUCUCGUUUGAGUUGAAAUUGGUUUUCAGGCGAACAGAAGCCAGAUCCAUGGUGUCUUUGAAGGUGUAGUAAAUAUUUUUUCAAGAAGAUUAAGAUCAGAAAAUGGAGAGGGUUGUGAAUUUUAAUUUUUGUCAGUGUUGACUUGGGAGAUCAGAGGUGGGAGUGUCAAAUUUUGUCAUCCUUAUAAGAGUUUUUUUCCCCCAUACAAUAUGGGAGAAAAUAUUAGGUAAGAAUCUGGGCCCAAUUUUCUGUCCUCAACAGAAAUAUUUCAAUGUUUUCUCCACUGCAAUAAUAUUUAGACCUCUUCAUAAAACCUCUUUAGUUUACAGCCUGAGCUCUCACUCUUUAUUUUGCCCCAAUUUGAUGUCCUUUUUGAAGAAUAAAAAAUGUCAAACAGUUCAUAGAAUGAAUGGGAAAGUAUUUUUGAGAGAAUUAUAUUUUGCUGGAAAACGAUAUUUAAGUACUUUGUCUAAAAAUCAAAUCCUUUUUGUAAAACAAAAUGUUAUUGCAUGCUUUUUGAUGAGAUGUUUACAUGUAUUUAAAAAAAGGGAAACUUGUGCCUUUUUUAUCUCACCUGAUUUACAGUUUUACAGUAUAUAUUGUAAAUAAUAAGGCAAGUCUUUAUGUUGAGUGUCGUAAGAAACAUUUCUACUUUAACCAUCUUGUUAAACAGUUGAAAAAAAGUGUUUCCCAAUCAUUCUGUUUGUUGGCUGACAGAGAAGAAUUUACAGGUUGGCACAUUGAAAUGAAUGUAUCAUAUAUUGCGAGAGACUUAUGGAACAUACUACCUGAAUGUUAGAGAGAGUACAUUUAUUAUCUACUCAUUAAGGACGUUGUUUUUUGUUUUUUUUUUGCAUUUUUAUUUUUGCAUUAUUGUUUAGUUAAACAAAUAAAAAAAAUCAAAAGCACUUUUUAAAAGAAUUUGUAACAAGCUGUAUUAAGAAAUGGAUCCUCUUUGGAUAUGGAUAUCCUAACCCAGGCAACAAAGUUGAUGAGCAUUAUUAUAAUUAAACUCAAAGAGUCACAAACAGUUGAAACUGGGAUAUUUAAAAGGAAGUUCUUGAAACUUUAAGUUUAGGGAUACAAACACAUGAACACACUUAGCGUAAAAUCACUAACAUCACUAUAGCUUGUGCUGGGUUUUUUAUUUUUUUUAUCACAAAUUAUGGAUUGAAGAAAAAUGUACUUUUAAGGUUUGGUCACAAUAGAAAAUAAUGUGACCAAAAGAAAGGUAAAUCCAGGAUCUUGAACCUUCUACAAGCUUUUCUUAAAACACAUUUAACUCUUCAUUCCUUAUUUUCUUGCCUCCUUUUUGCCAAAAGUUGGAUGAAAAUAUUGAUGCAUCUAAAUGUGAAACAAUAAUCUGAAGCUCUCUAAGCUUCUAAAGCAAGGCUGGAUCCAUAUGUCUCAUGAUAGGAUACGCUUGUAAGCUCUGAGUCACUGUAACAUAAAAAAACUGGAUUCUAGACGUUUUUCCAGUUAUAAAAUUACUGCAAAAUCUUAUGUUUGGUUUUUGGAUCUUCACACUGUAAAUAAAUUAGACUAUUGGAAAUUAUUAAAUGGAUAACUGUGAUUUUUUUUUAAGUAAGGUUCUGUGGAGUUAUGGGUAGUUAGUAUCUUCCUGCAGUAGAAAGUAGUCUGAAUAAUCUCUGUUGGGAGAAAUUCAGAGAUAUUAUUACCAGAGUGUCAAGAAAGUCAAGUAAAGUCAGUCUGAAAGUGGAUUUAAAAACUUUUUUAAAGAACAUUUUGAUUUCAAAUGAGCACAUAAUGUGUUCAAGAACUUUUCACCUUUGAAAAUGUUCUUUCUGUCUGAGCAACAGAUGCUUCACAGGAUGGAAUUUUAACAACCAGGCACUACUAACUGACAUGUUUUACAAAAACUUUGCAAAACAUGUAAAAAUGUUUCCACCAAGCAAAUAAACAUCUCUUCAUAUAGAUGCAGUAAAAUAUUCAAUGAAAAAAAUGUAAUUAAUUAAUGAUGCUAAUUGUUAUGCUAAUUAAAAGGCAACACAAUGCAUAGAAAUAGCUAUAUGACAGCACACUGCUGAGUUAAAACUAUAUUUUCAAGGCCCUGUGUGCCAUGAUUUCCAGAUAUUCUUGAUUCUUGAUAUUCUUCAUUGCUCUUCAUUGCUUUGAUGUGGAGUAAUUUAAUAUUUUCAUCUGUAUAGUUUCUGUCAAACAUGUCGAUGUGUCAAAACAACACAAGAAAUAUGUAAGCGUUAUCUUUUGGAUGAAAGUAGUGAUUGCCCCUAGCUAACGAUUUCCUCAUCUGAUUACAAGAACCUGAUUGUGAAAACCACAUCGUUGUGGUUCAGUACAAAUACUUGAACUAUUUACACUUUGGGUAAACUACACUUUUGGGCAAAAGUGCGAUGGGUGUAAAUAUUUUUAAAGGAUAAAGAUUGGAGUUAUUUUAAGGUAGCAGAAAUUCAAUCUGGUCUGGUUCUGCUUUGACUAGCCAUUACCUCAACACUUUCAUGGGAACCUCCGUUUCUCCAAACUGGGGUUACUCAGACAGCUUCCCGCAGGUAAGAUACUGACUAAUGAGAAAUCCACAAAAAACCACUUCCAAUUUCUCUAAUCCCCAAUCUCUUUAAUUUUUUACUGUCAAAAUAUGAGCUAUAAACAGUGAGGUGAUUAAAGUGACAGCAUUAUAUUGACUUGGGAACAUGGGAAGUGUUGGAAAUAAAUGAACCUAUCAAUCUGUCUGCGCUCAAGUUGCAUUGUUAGUGAUUCAAUAUUUCCACUUUUACUUUAACAAAGUGAGAGUACGUGCAAUUACCUGUCAAGAGACAGACCUGUGAGUUGUACUGACGUUCUUAUCCAACUUUCAGCAAAAAGUUAACAGGAAUAUUCACAACUGUCAAACUAGUUCUAAAUAGGAAGCAGAUUAAUGUACAGUUUGUUUUUUGGUCACCAGUCAUUACCUACUGCCAGCUAUAAAACUUUCCCAAACCUCCAGGGAACUGUAUUAUCUUCUGAACAGUCUUCUUCUAAAUUCACACUCCUUCUUGACUUGUUUGUCUAAUGAUUACUCUAACUGCUGUUUCUUGCGUCAUUGUGUGUAUGGAGUCAUGUCAUUGCCAUUUUCGUUUUUAGAGUUGUGAAUCGGGUGUAGACAGACUAAGCCAUAUCUCCACAGCCAUGGCAGUGCAUUAUUUAUUAAUAAAUAUAGAAAUAUUUAUAAAAAAUAUACUAAAAUGCUUUUUUCCAGUUCCAAAAAUACCUUUUUACUCAGUACAACUUUUCUUAGCAAACAUACAAUGAACUCCUUCACCAAACCUCCUUCAGCAUUUUUUGAAACCAGUUACUACUGUACAUCUUAAUGCAGAUAUUGCCAUACUUGUGUUUGCAGAAAUAUUGCAAGAUUCUAAUAAAACCAUUACACUGAC